AUGGCACAACCUUCGGGCAGCGGAGGCACAUCACUGGCUCCAGCACCCACACAUCCACAUCAUCUUUCCAGAGAGGCAAGCAGAGACGAGCUGGAAAUGGCUGACAGUCUGCGACGUCUGAACCAAGCACACGACAACGCCACCAAAGUCGAUGCACCUUCGUACGAGCCAGCGCCUGCUACUCCCCAUGAAGACCAAAGACCAGAAAUCUACCACUCUCUCGAGGAUGCCGUUCCCAUCGCGGAAGAACAGACUACUCCUGUCACCCAGGCAUCUGUUCAAACCCCAUCCAGGGCCUUUGAGGGGCUUGCUACGCCUGUUGCUGGCCAAAUCUGCAGCAAUUGCAGGACGACUCAGACGCCGCUGUGGCGCCGAUCACCAACGGGUGAGACUCUGUGUAAUGCGUGUGGGCUCUACAUGAAAGCACGAAACCAGUCUCGACCAGUGAAUUUGAAACGCAAUACUCAGACGCAGCCAUUUAACCCCGUGCAGUCAAGUUCGGCUUCGUCCCCGACAGAAAAUAGCGGCACGUCACCUGGAAAUCUUGCGGCUUCACCACGAGUUGCUACUUAUGUCGCUGCAGAUCAAAUGUCAGCUGGGACAUGUCCGGGUGGUGGUAGAUGCAACGGUACUGGUGGUCAGCAAGGUUGCAGCGGAUGUCCGGCCUUCAAUAAUCGUGUCUCAAAAACUGCAAAGUUUGCGCUGGCUCAAGCACAUGCAGUAUCUCAGCCAAACAGCUCCACUAACAAAGGCGAUGGGAGUGCUCCCACUACCUCUAAUGGAACAUCUUCCACCAGUGCGAUACCGGCAUGCCAGAACUGUGGAACCACCAUCACACCCCUGUGGAGAAGAGAUGAUGCUGGUCACAUCAUCUGCAAUGCUUGUGGUCUCUACUACAAGCUUCACGGCACACAUCGUCCAAUUGCUAUGAAGAAGCAAGAAAUUAAACGCAGAAAACGUAUAGUUCCAGCCAGCGAUACUGGCUCGCAAGCACCUUCAUCUAUUGCAGACCAUUCGCCCCCUCCACGGUCUUCUCAAACGCCUGCUUUAGAGAGCUCUGUGUCCCCUGAUCCGUCAACCGCUCUAGACUCAAAAGAAGGGGGGGAAGACUACGCACCUGAACCUCGAGGACCACUCGCUGUUGACUUUACGCACUACUACCGUAAUGCAUCUAUUACGUCACAUCCGUCCAUCCCACUUACAUCGACAAAAUCGCAAGCCAAUGCCCCAUCUCCCAGAAAACGUAGUCGUAGUGCUACCAUGGAAAACGAGGAGCAGGUCCAGAUGCCUUCCAACCCAGUUCCCCAUCGGCCGAAUGCCAUAUCCUCGAUUCUCAACCCACCGAGGGCAGAGGACGGCAACAUUGACCCUUCGUUAUCAGUUCCUUUGCGGCCAAGUGGGGGUCCAUCUACCAGCCAAUGGGCGUCACAGGAAGAGAAGGCAGCUAGGCGAGAGCAAUUGAAGAGAGAGGCAGAUGCUAUGAGACAGGAGCUAGAAAGGAAACAAAGAGAGUUGGAAGAUCUCGAAAACGAUUAA